AUGGAGAGUAAAUAUAAGCAACUCUUGCUAACCCGCCUGGAUAACAUCACUGAUGAGGAACUGGAUAGCUGUAAGUUGUUUCUUCCAGAUGAGUUUAUUAUUGCCACAGGCAAACUACAUACUAGAAACAGCACAAGUAGCCAACUUGAUGAUUUAAAAUGCUGGCGUGGUGUCUGCAGUGAGGAAGACCGUAUUUUUCAGAAGUUGAGUUAUAUGCUUGUGGCAAAAUGUCUUCCGGAAGAGGAGGAAAGGGGUAUACGUGGGAGUCCCGCAUCUGCCCGGUCCCUUUCUCAGUCAAGAUUUGACCUUUGCUUUCAUGGCAUUUCUGGGAAUUAUUGAUGAGGGAAACGGGAUGGCACUAAGCUAUUCAUGAGGGAUCCACUCCAUUAUCCAGACACCUCCCAUCAGGCCCCACCUCCAACACUAGGGGUUGCAUUUCAGCAUGAAAGUCCCCCAAGGAACGCUGCUGGAAUUUGUUUGCUAACUUAGUACACCAGCCUUGUUCGUUACCCCCUUUUACUGAAAAAUCACUCCUAGGAAGUGUUUGUUACAAAUUCCACAAAUCCAUCCCAGCCUUUGUUUUCAUCUCUUGUUCCAGCCCUUAGGGCUGCCACUUCCAUUAGUCAUCUUUUCUCUUCUCCAGUUCAAUUGCAGCGAACAUGAACAUGGAAUUUCAAUCUUAACUUCUCAAAACCUCAUUUACACGGUUUACCAAAGAUUUGAAGAGAAGGGAAAGAAAUCAUAGCACUGGAAAAAAAUAAACUGGGAUAGUAGGUCAUUUUGUUCUCCCACAUAGCCUGCCCAUUCUUCUCCCUGUGCCCGGCCUGCUGUGGUCCCAGACCAUUCUUUCUUCAAGGGAGUCUUGUAUUCAUACACCCGCUCUUUCAAAUUCAAAUAUUAUUUAUCCUUCUAUUUCCUUCCACUAAUGACAACAUAAGCUACCCGCCCACAAAACCUGCUUUUAUAUCAUUGGACAAAUCAUUGAAUGUCUCCAUCUUAUCUGCAUUUUGUGUAUAUUUCUGAUUUUUUUUUCUCUAUGUGCAAUUAAUAUAUCCUUUACUUAUGUCUGUAUGAUUAAAAUUGACCAACAAAGGAGCAUCUCACACAAGGAUCCCCUAAAAUGAGAGCCUCCAAAUGUAACAAUUUAGAGAUUUUUAAGUUCAACUCUAACUGCAAAACCUAUGACAUCUUUUGCUGUGUGGGUGUGUGUGUGUGUGUGUGCGCGCGCGCGCGUGCACGCAGGCACGCAAUACGGAUAACACGGUUUCUACGUUCACAUGAUUUCUAUGAAGGCGAGAUGAGACCGUGUAAGUGAUGAUAUAAGCCAUAGUUCUAUACAGAUAUAAGCUGUUAGGCAAUAUUUAAGGCGCUUUAGUGAAAGGGCUGGUUGUCUUAUGCAUUAUAUUUUCCUGGGCCAUUCAAAGUCAGAAAGUGUAGUGCUUAGGUAUUGCCACAAGGUGGCAGUAACUUCACACAAUGUGCGGAAGCAACUACCCGACCUGCAGAAAUCAAUUAAGUUCCUUUACAGCUCUAAAUUUCUAUUCUAGAUCACGCCUAGGCCUACUUUGAAAAUAGCAAAUUUAUUUAUUUGUGCCCCAUGCUACCCUUAACUAUCCCUGGAGGAAACCAGGUUUUUGUUGUAUUUUCUGUAGGUUUCAACUUUCAUUCCUUGUUGAAAGUUCUUUCUGCAUAACCAUUGCUAUGCCUGCACGUGGAGCCCUGUGUAGUAUUCUACCCACGACCUCACCUCAUGCAAGAUAGAGGAGAUCUGGAGAAAUCUUUAAUGAAGAAGGUUAAUAAUUAUUUUAUGGGAAAGAUCAGUAGAUGGAGAGACAGAUGACAAAAUAUGAGGACAUGUAAGCCUGGAAAAAGGAAGCUGAGCGAGCUUACGAUCAAAUUCUAUAAAAGUGCUGUAAGAUUAACAUAGAAAGUUGAAAAUGAUAAAUGAAAUAAUAAGUGAGACAUCUGCACAUGAUUAUCAAUGAAAAAGAGAUUUACAGUGGGCAGACAUACUCGGCCACAAAUACUGCAUCUGGACCACUGUGUGUGAGAGGAAAUAUGGCUGAUGUGAUGUGGUAGAACGAUAGGUUGAUUCCCUUGGCCUCCUUUGACUCUGUUUUUUCUCCUGUACUCUCAACACAGAAGGGAGACUUUAUCUUCAUACCUCUCUGAAACCAGUUUCAUGGAACUAAGUUACCUUUGAAAGUUAGUUUUACUAAUUCUUAGUAGACAUUCCUCUACACGAUCCCUGCCAGAGUCUAUGAUUUUCUAUUGUUUGAAAUGUAGUAUAUUGUUAGAUAUAUAGUUUACAAUAUUUUGUCCCAUUCUGCAAGCUGUCCCUUCAUUCUGUUGAUUGUAUCCUUUACUGUGCAGAAGCUUUUGAGUUUGAUGUAAUCUCAUUUAUCCAUUUGUGCUUUUGCUGCCUGUGCUUUUGAGGUCUUUCUUAUACCAAUGUCCUGGGGCAUUUUCUCUAUGUUUUCUUCUGGUAGUUUUAUAAUUCUGGAUCUUAUCUUUAAGUCUUUAAUUCAUUCUGAAUGACUUUCACAUGUUGUGAGAGUUGAGUCUAAUUUUAUUCUUCUUCAUGUGAUUAUUCAAAACAUGUAAGGAAUUCAAAGAACUCAAUACUCGAUAUAAAAUAAACAAAAACAAAAUAAAAUAACUUGAUUACAAAGUAGACAAAAGCCUGAAUAGACAUUUAUCCAAUGAAGCCAUACAAGUGGCUACCAGGUAUAUGAAAAAUGCUCCACAUCACCAAACAUUGGGUAAUGCAAAAUAAAGCCAUAAUGAGAUUUCACCUCCUCCCAGUUUGAACGGCUAUUAUCAAAAAGACAAGCGAUAACAAAUGUCAGCAAGGAUGUGGAGAAAAGGGAGCUCCUUACACUGUUGGUGAGAAUGUAAAGAGCCAUUAUGGGAAAUAGCAUGGAGGCACCUCAAAAAAUUAAAAAGAGAAAUACCAUAUGAUUUGGCAGUCCCACCACUGGGUUUAUAGUAAGUAGACAUGAAAUAAGUAUUCUGGAGAGCUCUCUAUACUCUCAUAUUUAUUGCAGCACCAUUCACAGUUAUGAAUGGCACUAUCCACAAUUCACAUUGAUUCACGUGGAUUCAGUCUAAGUGUC